AUGGCGUUGCAAAUCUCAAGUGAAGAUACACAGGUGUUAUUGAAGGACAAAAAUGUACUAGUAGACCAAAAUUUGGACAAAUAUCGUACUGCGGGCCAAAUCACACAGACCGCAUUGAAGUAUUUGGUAGGUCUUAUUAAUGAUUCAUAUCAUUUAAAGAAAACUGAACGUCGGUGGAAGAUUUCUGAGCUUUGUGCGCUAACAGAUUCUUUUAUGGAACAGUGUUUAAAGGAUGUAUUUGCGAACAAGGUGAAUGAAAAGGGUAUUGCACACCCAACUACUAUUGAUAUCGAUGAGAUUGCACAGGGAUGGGCUCCAGAAUUACUUGAUGAGGAGGCUUUACCCGGUAUGAACCAGAACGAAGAGCGCUCGCGCAGUGUGAUUCUAGGAGAGUUCCAGGAGGGGGAUAUUUUGAAGAUUACUGUUGGCUGUCAUGUUGAUGGUUAUACUGCGCAUUUGUCCCACACCCUUGUGGUUUAUCCAACAGUCGAAGACCCGGUCACGCAGCAGCUAGUUGCAGCCGGUCCCCUAUUGGGAUCCAAAGCAGAUGCUAUUGCAGCGGCACAUAUCGUCAUUGAAAGUGUUUCCAACCUAUUGGCGUGUGCUUUGGCUCCUGAAAAGCUACCAGCUGUAUUUUCGGAACGUCAAGUUACUGGAAGUGCUAUCAGGACGGUUGUUGACACCAUUGCAAAGGCUUACAGCUGUGCUGUUGUACCAGGAUCCCGUGUGCGUCGUGUUAGAAGAUUUUUGGCCGGUCAGAAUGAGGGUAUUGUAGCCGAGAGGGAUGUGAAAGGUGUCCAUUGGACAGAAUCCCACCAGGAGGCACAGCUUCUUGCUGCUUCAGUUGAGUCCACUGAGCUGUUGCACAAGCCAGCAGCUUCCAAGCAUAUAAAUGAGAGUGCUAUUGCAACUGACGACUUUGUAGUCUUGCCAGGUGAAGUGUUUUUGAUUGACAUAAGAAUGGCUCCUCUUUCUGAUCUUCCUCGUGGUUUGGUUACCCUCCAAGACGUUGACCAGUUCAGCGGUAAAUCACACCGUAAGAACGACCUUGUUGCUCGUCCUGCGAUUGUCUGCCGAGACUUUGCUAAGCAACAUACUUUGAAACUUAAAUCAUCUAGGCAGUUACUGCAUAAGUUGGAAUCCAGAGGAGUAUACCCUACCAAACUAUCGCAUGUUGCGUCUACUUUCCCUCUCGACGUUAACGCCCCAGAUUUUGAAGCUCUACGUCGUGAACUAAAGACAUUGCGCUUCAGUCUUGCAGAGAUUUCUAACAACUACCUAGCCACCGAAAAGCCUGUUCAAAUAUGUAAACUAGUCCCAUGGAAGGCCAUCCUAAACACUGCCAACCCAACAGGUGCUCACGGUGUUGACGCUGUUAACCCAGCACUCCCAGGUUACGAAGUUCCACUUCCACAGCUAGGAAUAUCAUCUCUGAAGCUCAAAUCUCUCCUAAAAGAAGGUAUUGAGGUUCCUGUUGCCCGUGAAGCUAUAACUGUAACUCUAUGUAGUGCAGAUGUUUGUGCCUCAGGAAAGCCCGAGCUAUUGAAACUCAAUGGUGGUUCUACUGCUAAACCUAGCUGGGUUCAAUCAAAGUUCGAAUUGGACAGCUCCAGCGCCAUGGUACAAGCUAUUUUCCAAUUAGCUGAGUUAGCUAAGGACAAGAGAUUCGGUUUAGCCAUUAGAGAAACUCAACCUUGGAAAACCAAGACUGAUACGGAUGUUGCCAUGGAAUAG